CGCAGUGCUCGCUGGGGAGCGGGGCUGCUGGGCGAGAGCUGCGCGUUUUUCCUUGGAAGUGUUCUUUUUUUUCCUCCGGCUCGGGGCCGUCGGGGUUAGCUCCUGGCCCCCAGUAACCUCCUUCGCCCCUCGGCCGUCCCCGCCCCGGUACCCCGGCCCCCGCCCCGGUCCCGCACCUGUCUCGUUAUGAACGGGCUCGGCGCCCUGCCCGUUUUCAUAAAAGAUAUUAAGGCCGGACAGAAAAACUUAAAUGUCGUCUUUAUUGUGCUGGAGAUAGGACGCGUGACCAAAACCAAAGAUGGCCAUGAAGUGAGAUCGUGCAAAGUGGCAGAUAAAACGGGCAGCAUCACUAUUUCCGUGUGGGAUGAGAUCGGAGGCCUCAUACAGCCCGGGGACAUUAUUCGGUUGACCCGAGGGUACGCGUCCAUGUGGAAAGGAUGCCUGACGCUUUAUACUGGAAGAGGUGGUGAGCUUCAGAAAAUUGGGGAGUUUUGUAUGGUUUACUCCGAAGUGCCCAAUUUCAGUGAGCCCAACCCAGAUUAUCGAGGCCAGCCGGACAGAGGGGCCCACAAUGAGCAGAAGAUGCAUUCCAUGAAUAGUAAUACUGGUGCAGGUACCUUUGGAACAGUGGGCAAUGGUGUUCAGACUGGCCCUGACGCGCGGAGAUACCAGCCUUCCCAUGCUGGUAGAAGCAGUGGCCGGGGACCUGGCAACCCACAGCUCCCAGCAGCAGCUAAUAAUCAAACAGUCAUGACCACAAUGAGUAGUGGCAGGGACCCUCGGAGAGCCUUUAAGAGAUGACCUAUGCCAAACAGUCACGUGUAGUUUUUAAACUACGUGCCCUACUUGAACACUUAGUGCACUUUUAUUUAUUGUUAACUGUGAAAAAAAAUGUUCUUUAUUGGUUUCCUCUUCCAUUUUUGUUCAGGAGUGGUUGGUUUUUAUAGUCAGUGUUAAGCUGCUCAGUGUCCUAAUGAGGAAUGGGAACACUCUGAAAAGUAGGGGCAUUUAUUUUUUGAGCAAAAUGUUACUGAUUAUGUUCUGUAAAAAUCCUGCACCCAUUUCCAGGGUGAGUUCCAGUGUCAGCUUACAGCCUCUAUGAGUCUGUCUUCUGUACAUGUUUUGUAAUGUUUGACAUUAGACAUAGUGGAGAUGUUCUUGUGUUUUAAGUCCAGAUAUUGUCAACUAAAGCAAUAAAUGCCAAAAAUAGAAAUAGUAACUAAAAUCCAGGAACUCGGCCAGUGCUAGUAGCACUUUUUGAGCAUUUGUGACUCUGGGUAUGACCUGCUUUAGUGAGUGACUGCCAUUGAGAUUUUCCAAGGACUGAAUCAUCCUAAAUUCUUGUCUCAUUACCAAAAAACGUGUUCUUUGUCAGAAUUACGGAGUUGAAUGUGAUCUGUGUUGUAACAAAUAUUUUUUAGAAGAAAGGCACAGUUAGUUUUAUGUUCAUGGACAUCAUAGAUUACAUUAAAGGGAAAUACACUGAGGCCUUGGAUAUUUUUGAGCCUACCAUGUUAAAGUGUAAUUUAUAAACACUGAUCUAAUCUAAAACGUAAUUGUGAUACACAUUACAAUGAAGGCGAUUCAAAUUGAAUUCAUUAGUAAUUAAUGCUCAGUCUCAAGUCCCAGACCCUACCUCCUUCAGGUACUUGGCGUGAAGUGAAGGUCCCUGGCACCUAGGCACGGCACGUGUGUGCUGUUAUAUGAACACACUUGGAUAGCCUUAUUAGCAGAGGGAACGACUCAAAUGACCGACAGUUUUAUUCAGAAGUGUUAGGUUGGAAUUUGUGUGUCAUAAAUGGUACCCACUUCUGCUUUUUACCGUAGGGUGGGUAACUCGUGCAGUUUUCCUUUGUUAGAAUUCACCCCUUUUUAAAUACUGUCUCUUGAAUAAAACUUGCAUUCGUGUUAA